AUGGACUUCAACAGUCCAUAUGCCGUCUUGGACGGUGAGAACGAGUAUUCUCACGCCGACUCUUUCUAUCAACACCACGACUUGUCGGGUCUUGACCCAGCUCUAGCGGGAGACGACAGUCUUGAACAAGCUACAAUUCAAAGAUUCCUCGAGGAAGAAGAAGACCCACGCCGGCUUUGGGAGAUGACCCCGACUCCUUGGCCUGGAACUCCCUCUAUGGGAAUGAGUUACCCCGCUACACCAACACUCGAGCCCAAUGAUCGAUCCUCCACACCCGACUCCUUUCGGCUGCCCUCGCUUCCACCAAACAGUUCCCGUCCCGUCAGACAAGGGAGUCUCCUGCGGUAUGGAGAGUCUCAGCGCCCUCUAACUCCACUGGACUCUGCUUUCCUGACCUCCACGCCGGGAGCCUUCGCCGAGGAGGACCAUUCCACUCCUCGAGCCGCCCUCAUGGGUCUCAGCAUCACAGACGACACUCGCGAGGUAGUGGGCAAUACUAUCCAUGUCCAGAUGCCAAAUCAGAUCCCAUCGUUCAGGCCCAGCCUGGGGCCAAAUACCAGCACCCCUUUUCCCCUAAAGGAGGAAAACAUCCCAGCGAAAGCUCUCGAAACAAUACCACCCGUCUUCCUCAUGUCCCCGCCAAUGCAGCCGCAUCCCCUCCCGAAGUCCUCCUUCACAAGACCACAGAUCGCGGCCAGUGUCCCAUCGAAGCCAAAAACCACCGGCAAGAACAAGAACAGGAAGCAAUCACCAAAGACCCCCGGCCCUACCAAGGUCUUGAAGCCUCGACAGCGGUCGACAGCCAAGAGCAACCUGAAGGCCAACGCUGCCAUCAACAUCUUCCACAGCAAGUUCACUGCCGCCAUCAGUCAGCUGAGCGACUGGGAGUGCAACAAGUGCGAGUUCUCGUGCAAGGACUACAACACCCUCGACAAGCACAUCAAGUCGGACCACGCCCGCCCCUUUUUCUGCAUCUUCCAAUUCGCCGGGUGCGACGACAGGUUCGCCGCCAAGAACGAGUGGAAGCGCCACGUUAUGUCCCAGCACGUCGUCGCCAAGGUCAACGUCUGCACCUACGGCGUCUGCGCCCAAAACAAUGACAAGCCCACCCGAUCCCAGACCAAGUACCUCGACGUCGAGGGCAAGCAGUUCAACCGCAAGGACCUCUACGACUCCCACAUACGCCGCAUGCACCCCUACCCGGCAACCAAGAAGCAGUCCCUCAAGCAAUGGGAGGACCUGCUCAAGAUCCUGCUCCGACAGUCAAUCCACAUCCGCUGCUCGACCCCCACAUAUUUGGAGUGCCCAAGCCCUGAUUGCAACCUCUCCUUCGAGGGCGACGACGCCUGGGACCAGAGGAUGGAGCACACCGCCCGCCACAUGGAGAUGGCCGCCUCCGGCGACGCGGACGACAUCGUCAUCGGCGGCGACAAUGACCGCACCCUUAUCGAGUGGGCUUCGGCCCCCGAGGUUGGUGUGAUCAAGCGCGUUUCCGGCCAGUGGAAGGUCUGCUUCCCUUCCAAGAAGAAGAAACAGUCCAAGUACAAGAAGCGCAAGUAA